CUCAACGGGGCAAUUGAAGUCAGGCGUCAGGACAUAAACACCAAAGCACUCGCCGAAGACGUCCUGGAGGCUAUCGGCUCGCUUGACAAACCGGACUUUGGGCAGCGAAGGUGUUCAGCCCAACUCAGCAACAUGGGACCAAGGUUCGGUCUCCGCAUCAGCAACAUACGCAGCCGCAGUAAGGAACUCGCAGAUGCUAUCGAACGGGCGAAACAGAGUCAUGAGCAGCGAAUCGAACCGUUGGUCAAGGUCUUGCUGGAAGAUAUAGCUGUCGAAGCGGCAAACAUGACCUCGGAAGUGCGAGCGUUGUGGGACGAUGCUGGGGACUCGAUCACUGAGCUACAGAAUGUCACCGAGCGCAUGUUCGACAUCCUGCGCCAGCAGUCCCAGCACAACGACAUCAUUUUGAAGCUCCUCGACGAAAUCAACACAGCCUUCGAGUAUGGAGAAGCUCGUGUGCAAAUCUAUGCCAAAUACCGAGACUGGGUCGGCGACCUUCGGGACUAUUUGACCGAUGUCCUCAGUGAGAAAUUUGUGGGUCGCAACUACUCGCUGUGGGGACAGAUAGCCAAGGACAUUCGCAAAGAGCAGAAGACGAAAGCGGAAGCUCUCCGACGAGGAAAACCGGCACCCCAGUGCGUCGUCACCGACGCUUUGAAGGCCAUCCUGGCGACGCACAAUCUGACGCUGGACGAGCUCCAGGCGGUGCUCCAUAUGAAGGAAAACAGCAACAUCACCUUCCACCGCGCCGAGAAUGAGACUUCGGAAGCCGCCAUCGCUGCGUUAGAACACUUAGCCUUUCCACCCGAUCUGAGACCGCUGAAGGAUGUGCUCCGUAAGACCAUCCAAGCGGUCAGUGAAUUCGACAGGGCUGAAAUCGAGCCAUCCCAGUAGCUUUCUCGUACACUAUAAUAAAAGCGUAUUACAACAGUGUAAACGAGUUCAUCAUUUUGCACAUGGGCUUUAGAGAGCUGCGGGUUUUGCACGUCGAAUUUCAGCGAAUUUCCGCAAAUCAUGCCCAAUCCCACCGAUAGCUUCCAGCAAUCUUUCCCGAACGUCAACUACGAACGCUUGAUGGGUUUGCUUCCAAUCGGUUGGGUUCGGUCGCAACGAAGAAGUCAAUCAGGAUGCAGAGCACCAGCAUCUCCGUGUAAUGUAGUGUCUCCUCUUUACCCUGCGAUGGGCUUUUGGAUAUGGUCACGUCUCGGUUGUCGAAUAUCUGCUGAACAAU